AUGUUUUUAUCGGCCGCCCACCACCACCUUCAAAACUCGGCUGCUGAACUUAACGAAUCCGGAGAGAUUCCGAGUCCGAAUCCGAUUCCGAUCCUCUGCAAUGUGCGCGCCCAACCGCUGAAUCGUGAAAAAACAACAACAACAACGCUAAAAGCAACCUGCAGCGAAACCCAAACAUCCAAAUUCAAACUUCCCCCUCUUCUUCUUCUUCCCACUCCGUUUUGGCAUGGAAAACAUGAAAUGUCUGACCAGGAAACAGAGCUGAGAGCCUCAAAUGCAAGCAAGCCAACGCCAGCGGGAGCAACCAAGUCCAAGUUCACCGACAGCUGAAGAGGAAGCCAGGAGAGGAGGACUUAUCAUCGACUGGGGGUGUCUGGAUCAACUUCCGUUCCGCUCUCAGCAGUAAUCGCUGAGUUGAGGGCACAAACAACUUACAAGAAAACAGAGUCAUUCAAGUCGCACCACUGACUCAUUCGUUUGAGUCGCGAAACGAACGAACGAACGAACAAACAAACAGAUAAGGAUUCCGGA